AUGGAGGUGGCAGUACCAUCGCCAAGCAGGGAUUACCAUUUCCAUGGCGGUAGAUCUAGGGUCUCGACUGUUCCAACAACUAAAGUUUUUGGAAACUACUUCUACAGCGCACCCUCUAGUCCCAUGCGCAUGCCUGAGUUUGAUAGGGGCUUUAAUGAGUUGCAAUCUUCCCAAAAGGAUGAACCAGAAUUGGAGGAUGAAGAUUUUGCAUUUGAUAUAUGCCAGCAGUUAGAGGCAACCACGCUAUCAGCCGACGAGCUAUUUGAUGAUGGUAAAAUCCGGCCACUAGAGACACCACCACAAUCACCAAUAUCUCAACAAAAUAAAAUCUUUCAGAAUACAUACUCUACUGAAAGGAGGAAAGGUCCAACAGAAACGAUAAAUGAGAAAACAGAAAGGAAAAAGGAACAGAAGAGAGGGAGAGGAAGAAACCCAGCCCUGUCGUCCUCGGCUUCCCGGAGAGCAGUAAGGUCGCUCUCCCCCAAUAGAGUUUCUUCAUCUCCAUGGGAUGAGAAACAGCAGAGGUUGACUCCAGGAUCUCCUGCCACUGGUUCCAAUUCCAAUACAACCUCAUCUAAGGGUAGUAGAAGAUGGAGACUAAAGGACCUCUUCCGGAGUGCGUCAGAAGGACGAGGAACAGGAAAAGAUCCUCUAAGGAAAUAUUCAACCGUAUACAAGAAACAAGAAGAGGUCAAGCAUACGAGCAGCAAAUUUAACCAUAGCAGAAAUGGACCAGUUUCAGUCUCUGAGCCACAUUUUUCAUUGAAUAAAGCAGCAUCAGAAGACAAGAAGAAGACGUUCCUGCCGUACAAGGGGAUUUUGGGAGGACUCCUCUUCAAUCCAGCAGCCCAUAUGCAUACCAACUUUAGGUCCUCCCGCUGA